UAAGAACAUCUACAGUUCCAACAUGUGGUAUUGAUACUCCUUACUUGGUUCAGUGAAGAAGAGCACAAAUCGAGCAUUAACUAAGCUGAGAAGCAACUUAAGUUAACAGGAAUUUUCAUGUUUGAGUUUGUGUCCAAAAUUUGGCAUCAAAAAACGCUACAGGAUCCUUAAAAAAAAAAAAAGAAACGCAAACUGGCAAGGCGGCAACACUGUUUCCGGGUCCAAGUUCCUUGAUGUUCCGUUCCGCCGUUCCUUCGCUUCAAACAGUGUUCAACUGACGAGUCAAAAUGGCGGAGGGACAGAGAACACGCCGUGUUUUGCCUAACGAAGACUUGUCAAAUGUCGAAUUUGAAACCAGCGAAGAUGUCGAAGUCUUACCGGCGUUCGACUCUAUGGACCUGCGAGAAGAUCUCUUGCGAGGGAUCUACGCUUACGGCUUUGAAAAACCCUCCGCAAUCCAACAGCGAUCCAUCAGACCCAUUGUCAAAGGAAGGGAUGUGAUUGCCCAAGCCCAGUCUGGUACGGGUAAAACUGCUACAUUCUCCAUCUCAAUCUUACAGAGCCUGGACAUUUCUCUUCGAGAAGUUCAAGUUCUGUGUCUUUCACCAACUCGUGAAUUGGCAGUUCAAAUUCAGAAGGUUAUUUUGGCACUUGGUGAUUUCAUGAAUGUCCACUGCCAUGCGUGCAUUGGUGGUACUAACCUUGGUGAGGACAUCAGGAAACUUGACUUUGGAGUACAUGUGGUGUCAGGGACACCUGGAAGAGUAUUUGACAUGAUUCGGCGUCGGAGUCUUCGGACAAGAUCAAUCAAAUUAUUGGUUCUUGAUGAAGCUGAUGAAAUGUUGAACAAAGGAUUUAAAGAACAGAUAUAUGAUGUAUAUCGCUUUUUGCCUCCGGCAACCCAGGUUGUGUUGAUAUCUGCCACCCUACCCCAUGAGAUUUUGGAGAUGACAAGCAAGUUCAUGACUGACCCCAUUCGCAUCUUGGUCAAACGUGAUGAAUUGACACUGGAAGGUAUUAAGCAGUUCUUUGUGGCUGUAGAGCGUGAGGAAUGGAAGUUUGACACACUGUGUGAUCUGUAUGAUACACUUACCAUCACUCAGGCUGUUAUUUUCUGCAACACCAAGAGGAAGGUGGAUUGGCUUACAGAGAAAAUGCGAGAGGCUAACUUCACUGUCAGUUCAAUGCACGGCGACAUGCCUCAGAAGGAACGAGAUGUCAUCAUGAAAGAAUUCCGUUCUGGCCAGAGUCGGGUACUCAUAACCACUGAUGUCUGGGCUCGUGGUAUUGAUGUUCAACAAGUUUCACUUGUUAUUAACUAUGACCUACCCAACAAUCGUGAAUUGUACAUCCACAGAAUUGGUCGAUCAGGCCGAUUUGGAAGGAAGGGUGUUGCCAUCAACUUUGUGAAGAGUGAUGAUAUCAGAAUUCUGCGAGAUAUAGAACAGUAUUAUUCAACGCAGAUUGAUGAAAUGCCGAUGAAUGUUGCUGAUUUGAUUUAAUUUAGUCAUAUUUCCAUAGACCAUGUGGUGCAUUUUUUUUUUCUCCUAAUUUUUAAGCUUUGAGUGCAGAUCAACUGUGUACAUUUCUGUUUAUUCCGUAAGCCAUGAGGCUGUAUACACCUAUGUAUUGAGUAAAGAACUUUUUUCACUGAG